UUGGCAAUUGUGCGAGUCAGCUGGAGCUCACCGCUUUCAGAGAAGCUGCUGCUGAAGCUUUCUAAUAAGAGGAGCUGCACGUUUCUCCUCCCUGUCUUCACCAGUGGUUUUGAGAACAAGCAGAACUUCUCAACAUAUAAAUGAACAGCUAAAACCCCUUUAAAAUGAUGGCUGCAACUUCAGCUGAUUUACCAACCAUUGUUUCACACAAGCAAGAACUCUGGAGUAACCCAACCAACCUGACCAUAAAUGCCUCAGAAAGUCACAGCAAUGCCAGCUGUUCCCUGGAUGACAGCAGCUCACUGUCACUUGCUUUGAUCCUUUUUUACUCCAUUAUUUUUGUCGUUGGAUUGGUUGGAAAUAUUGUAGCCCUGUUUGCUUUCCUGCACAUUCACCAGAAAAGGAAUUCUAUCCAAGUUUACUUGCUAAACGUGGCAGUUGCAGAUCUUCUGCUGAUCUUCUGCCUUCCCUUCCGGAUACUCUAUCAUGCCACCAACCGCUGGAUGUUCGGGCAGAUUUUCUGCAAGGUUGUGGGAACUCUGUUUUACAUGAACAUGUACAUCAGCAUAGUACUGCUGGGACUCAUUAGUCUGGAUCGUUACAUCAAAAUAAAUAAGUCUGUGAAGCGCCCAAAGAUGCUAAGCCCUGCCCGGAGUGUGCAGAUUUGCUGCACGGUGUGGGCGAUUGCACUGACGGGAUUUAUAGUGGUAGUUGCACCAUCUUUCUUUAAGAGCAAGGACACCAACUCUACCAAGUGCUUUCAUUACCGAAGCAAAAAGAAUGCAGAGAAGACUGAAGCAAUUUUAAAUUAUAUCAUUGUACUGAUUUUUUGGAUAGUUUUUUUCCUUUUGAUACUUUCGUACGUAAAAAUUGCCAAGAACCUCCUGAAAAUUUCGAGGAAAAGGGCAAAUUUUCCCAAUGCAGGAAAAUACACCAAGACAGCAAGAAAUUCCUUCAUUGUUCUCAUAAUUUUCACCAUCUGUUUUGUGCCUUAUCACGUGUUCCGGUUUGUCUACAUCACGUCACAGUUACAAACCCCGUCCUGUUACUGGAUGGAGAUCAUUCACACGUGCAAUGAGGUGAUGCUCGUAUUCUCAUCAUUUAACAGCUGCCUAGAUCCAGUCAUGUAUUUCCUCAUGUCCAGAAGUGUCCGUAAGACUGUACUGCAACUGAUAUGCAGAAAAAUCCAUGGAGAGUCAAGCCUAAACCUGGAGAGCACUUCAGACAUAAAACUUGGCCAAUAUGCUCAGGAACGAUUAUCCAGCACCACUCCUCACUCCAGCUACUCCAGGAAGAAAUCUAUGAUUUGAAUGUUUAAAUCAAUCUCUCUCACUUCAGGGCACCAAUUUCAGAUCACAAAAUCUUCUACUCCACAGCUACUAAUUCUGCCUCUUUCCUCCUGUUAAGAAAAACGGGAAGUCUUCUGUUUGUGAAAAUGAGAAGUAACUUUUCAAAAGAAUUCUUUUGCUCUUGUUUAUCCAUGUAGGCAGAUUAGAAAUUCUCAGACAUUUUGUGUUGGACUAAACUAGAACACUAACUCUUUAGGGAGAUUUCCAAGUAGGGGUUUGAACCUGUAAAAGUUGUAUAUACGCAUUAAUAUUAGUAGUUUGUGUAUGUAAAUACUGUAUGAAUUCUGCAAAAAGUAAAUUCUGUCCUAUUUGAAAGAUCUAGAUACCAUUAUAGAUUUUAUGUAUUUUAAGGUUUUCUCUGUUUUAAUAGGUUUCUGAGAGAUCGGUACUUUAACGACAUUUAUAAAUGUAUUUUUGAAGAAAAUAUUUGAGAAUUUAGCAACAUGCAUCUUAAAAAUGAGGUGAAGAAUACAACAGCUAUCAAUUCAUUUUUAAGUACAGAAGACAUUCUCAGUUUAAUUAAGCAGCAAAACUAAAAUAUUCAAUCCUACUAAGACCUUUGUAUUUCCAUCAUUUUAAUGAGUGUCAUGGUCAAACACCUGAGGAAAAGCAAGCAAUGCUUUCAGAAAAUUCGAAAUAAAUGAAGGAGAGAUGACGUGGGUAUUUCCCAAGAUUUCCUUCAAUAUGACAAAUUUAAACUCGCAGAAUGGAGCAAAGAGAUCAGCCAGGCUCAGCCACUGGUCCACUCCCAGAUUUCCAAAGCCACACAUUCCAGAAACAUGCUUCUUCCCUGGCAGAAGACUUUCCUUUCCAGGAGAUUCAAAUAAUCUUGAUAAUUGCAGAUGCCAUGUGAACAGUAAUGUAAUAGCUACAUGUAUAUUCUCAGAUUAAAACUAAACAGCUUUAUGCAUUUAGGCACAAACAAAUUUCAAAUCGUAACAUUUCCCAAAAACCAGAGAGCUGAAGGGGAAUGUCUGGCACAACAGACCAGAAAGGUGAAACAAAUAGAGGCCAGAUAUCUGUAAAGCUCUGUAAAACAAGGAUUUAUUAUCUUGACACACACAAACAAUACUGCUCAAGGAGGCAGGUGUAAAGAAGUUGGUUUUAAUAUGACUACCAGUAACUUGUCUAAUGGAUCAUGUGACUUUUAAUGCCAAAUCUGUGCCAGAACGUGGGGAUUUUUACUAUUUCCAUACAAUAUUAUGAUUUUACAUAAGUUACUCAUAAUACUCUGAUUGAAAAAAAGCAAAUAUAAGGCUUCACCUCUUCUAGAUAUAAACUUGGUUUAAUUUUGAUGUGAUUUUACAUCAUUCAGAUUUGAUGGAACUGGAGAUAAACACGUUAAACAAAUUACAAUGACUA